UUUUAUUGUAAUACUUAUUGUAAUAUUAUCACGUUCCUUUUACGCGCCAAAUGUAACGUCUAUUAACGUAGACGUUUGUUUUGUACGUUUACGUCAUUUUUAUAUAUGUAUCAACUGAGGAAGCUUAAUAAAGCGAAACAUGUUUUGAUACUUAAUUUGUGUUGGUUUUUGAUCCAAUUAUCCUAAUUACAUUUUCUACACAAUUUUAAAGUGUUUUUAUCGUAUUUAAUCCGGUAUCGAUUAUACGGUCUAAUUACCCGGGAGAAAUCUACCUCGGGACCGUAUUUUGUACAUGUCUUAACCGGAUCGUAUCGAUCUGGUAUUUGUUUACACUAUCAACUUAACACCGCUUUAAAAAGGUCGUAUUUUAUCGCUACAAUAUAAAACAGUUAUUGGAUGAAUAUUUGCUACAUUUAAGCAUAACGCAUUUAAUAUUUCUGAACAGAAAUGUUAUGACGUCAUCAAGAUGGCUGCUGGCUUAGAAAUUCAUGACGCGGCGUCCACCGGUGACUAUGAUACCCUAGAAGAGUAUCUAAAAAGUGGAAAAGUUGACGUCAAUUUAAAAGAUUGUGAAUGGGGUAAUAGAACGGCAUUGCACUGGGCAUGCGCUAAAGGAUUUGUAGAAUGCAUACGACUUUUACUUGAUUACGGAGCAAUCGGAACUUCUCGCACCGAAACAGGAUCAACACCGGCACACUUUGCGGCAGAGAACGGAAAACUGACGGCUUUACGAGCUUUAUACAAUGCAAAUAUUCCCAUUGGUUUAAAAGACAAAUAUGGCGACACGCCAAAACGAAUAGCAGAAGUUUAUGGGCAUAAUGACAUAGUAAAAUUUCUUGAUCAAUGUGCCGCCGACGAAGCGGCAGGAAUUAGACCUACGGGUUUAGCGCCAAAGUUUACAUCAGCGUUCCGACAUAGACGAUCUCAGCGUUUGUCUACGACGUCACACCAUUCAUUUUCAUCUACCGGUUCCCGGCCAGCGUCACCAUUUUCUAGUAUCGGGAGCGCAGAAGAAGAGCAGAAAGUAAAAGGAAUAGACAAUGAUACAGAAUUUGUUCCCGACUCGGAGAGGGAGACGUGAUAUUCUUCGGACAAUAUUCACCAAAUCAGUCAACCAUUUGCCGACAUUUUUUAACAAUAAUUCGAGAUUUUUUUAUUUCAUUUUUUGUUUGCUUGAUUGUAGAUGUAUGUUUUAAAAUUUUAUUCAAUUCAAAUGAACUUUGAUUUACGGAUCAUGAUUUGCAUUUUAUUUAUGCAAUUCUGAUGUUCUCAUAGUUUCAUACUAGUCACUUGCUAGAAUAUAUAUGAGGUUGUAAAUGUAUAGCAUUUAAUUUAAAUGUGUACAAUUAAAAUAGAUAAUAAAAACAGUGAGAAUUGUUA